GAAUACUAAUGUGUGUGUAUGUGUAUGUGUUUGUCUAUCCCACAGCCACCAUUGUGCUGAAUGAGCUGAACUGGACAGACGCAUUAGAGGCCGUGUUUAGGAAGAACAAGGAAGAGGAUCCUACUCUACUGUGGCAGGUGUUCGGCAGCGCCACCGGAUUGGCUCGCUACUUCCCAGCAUCCCCUUGGAUGGACUCGCGAAAAACGCCCAAUAAGAUCGACCUCUACGACGUCCGGCGGCGACCGUGGUACAUCCAGGGGGCAGCGUCGCCUAAGGACAUGCUGAUCCUAGUGGAUGCGAGUGGCAGUGUCUCUGGCCUCACCCUGAAGCUAAUCCACACCUCUGUCAGCGAGAUGCUGGAGACCCUGUCUGACGAUGACUACGUCAAUGUGGUCUAUUUCAAUGAUAAAGCGGUGAAGGCGGCGUGCUUUCAGAACCUGGUCCAGGCCAACGUGCGGAACAAGAGGUUCCUGAAGGAUGCUGUGCGGAACAUCUCAGCCAAGGGCAUCACAAACUACAAAGGCGGCUUCGAGUUGGCCUUCGAGCAGCUCUCAUCGUUGAACGUGACCCAGGGCAGGGCGUUGUGUAACAAGAUCAUCAUGCUGUUCACUGACGGAGGAGAGGAGAGGGCCCAGGAGAUCUUCCAGAAGUAUAACGCUGACAAAAAGGUUGUGCGGAUAUUCACGUUCUCAGUGGGCCAACACAACUAUGACAAAGGACCAAUCCAGUGGAUGGCCUGCACCAACAAAGGGUACUAUUAUGAAAUCCCCUCCAUCGGUGCUAUCAGGAUCAACACUCAGGAGUACUUGGAUGUACUGGGAAGGCCCAUGGUCAAAGCAAACAACAAGGCCAAGCAGGUUCAAUGGACCAACGUUUACCAGGACGCACUGGAGCUGGGUCUGGUGAUCACAGGAACACUUCCCGUCUUCAACAAGACCAACACCAAAGCUGACAAAGAGAGGGGACUACAGAGGCCCCAAAACCAGCUGAUCCUGGGAGUGAUGGCUAUCGAUGUGUCUCUGGACGACAUCAAAAGACUAACGCCAAGAUUUACAUUUGGACCAAAUGGCUAUUACUUUGCCAUUGACCCCAACGGUUACGUCUUGCUGCAUCCCAACCUCUGCCCAAAGAAUCCUAAAUUUCAGGAGCCUGUAACUCUGGACUUCCUGGACGCUGAGCUGGAGGAUGAGAUUAAAGUAGAGAUAAGAACGAACAUGAUUAAUGGAGAAACCGGCCACCGCACCGUACACACACUAGUGAAGUCCCAGGAUGAGCGGUACAUAGACCGAAGCGAAAGAUUGUACACAUAUGCCCCUGUAAAGGGUACAGAUUACAGUCUAGCCUUGGUCCUUCCAGUGUACAGCCUGCAUUACAUCCACACUACUAUCGGAGACACCAUCACCCAGGCCAAAUUCUCUGAAAGCCUGCAGGAAGACAAGUUUGAGGAGUAUGGAUACACUCUCAUUGCACCAAGGGAGUAUUGUAAGGAUCUGAAGCCGUCUAAAAACAACACAGAGUUCCUGAUGGACUUCAACGAGUACAUCGACAGGAAGACUCCCAACAACCCACUGUGCAACGUGGAUCUGGUGAACAGAUUGUUGCUGGACGCUGGGAUCACGUCAGACCUCGUCAAGCAGUGGAGAGAUCAGAUGCCAAAUGGAGUCCUGGCCAGGUUUGUGGCCACUGAUGGAGGAAUCACUCGCAUUUAUCCCAAGAGUGCUGGACUAGACUGGACAGAGGACCCAGAGACGUACGAGUCAAGCUUCUAUAAGAGAAGUCUGGACAAUGACAUCUACAUCUUCACACCAACACCCUACCAGGAGGACACCAACAGGACUGAGGACUCAGUCCUGGUGAGCAGAGCAGUGAACCUGGACAUUGAUGGAGUCAGACUCAAACCAGCAGUUGUGGGAGUGAAACUGGACAUCAGUACCUGGAUGACCAACUUCAUCAAUGCUACUCUGAAGAUGAACUGUAAGGACGAGAUCUGUGGUUGUCAGAGGAAUGAUGAGCAUGUGGACUGUGUCAUCCUGGAUGAUGGGGGAUUCCUAGUCAUGGCCAAUCGGGAUGAAUACAUCGGUCAGAUCGGCCAGUUCUUCGGGAUGAUCGACCCUAUCCUCAUGGUCAACCUGGUCAACAUGUCUCUGUUCACGCUCAACAAGACAUACGACUACCAGUCGGUCUGCGACCCCAAGAGGGAGAGCAAGGGGUCCGCGGCGGGCCUGCGCUCAGUCUACGUGCCCACCAUAGCAGACAUUUUGAACGUUGGAUGGUUAGCAUCAGCAGCAGCCUGGUCGAUACUACAACAGUUGUUGGUCAGCAUAGCGUUCCCUAAUUUCCUGCACGCAGCGGACACUGAUGAGGAAAUACCUGACAUGUCCAAGGAGAGCUGUAUCACGGAGCAGACUCAAUACUUCUAUGACAACGAGGAAAAGUCCUUCAGAGGAACGCUAGACUGUGAAAACUGCUCCAGGAUGUUCCAUGCUGAGAAGCUGUGGAAGACCAACCUGGUGUUCGUCAUCGCCGACGCCAAGCUCACCUGCAUGUCAUGUGACCACAAACCCUUAAUACAGGCCGAGCAGCCUUCUGAGGGACCAGACCCAUGUGAAAUGGCUGAGAAACCAAGGUUCCGAAAAGGUCCAGAUGCCUGUUUCGACAACAACGAGAGGGAGGAGGACUUUGACUGUGGCGGGGCGUCGGCUCUGAGCCCGUCCCUGUUGGCCAUGGUGGCGCUGCAGCUGGCCCUGCUCUGGCUCCUGGCUGGCUCAACUCACCACGCCGUCCCCUCGUGACCUCUGAAGACCUCGGUUGCAACCGGCAAGCAACGCCGCCUCAAAACGACGAACGCUAAAACAAAAAAACAUCUGAAACCACUUCCUGACAGAUCUUCUUUUGGGAUAUUUGCGUUUUUCAAGGGUUUCGUUACAUUUCUUCACCCAGGGGUGGGAGAAAGUGAGGAAAGUUAACGUCGGUGGGAUGUAAAAAAAAUUCAAAGCGAGAACUUUCAUCCCAGACCCCUGACUUUUCCCCUCCAGCCAUCUGAGCUUCCAGGCAUCUGAGCUUAGGGAGAUCGAGGUGAUUGAGUGGUGAACUUUGACCUUUGUUUGGCUCGACGAUGACAACCCUGCGAAUGCUACAGGUUGGACUGCCUUACAGUGCCAGGGGGAAAGUGAAAGGACUGCCUCUUCCUUUUGGGUUCCUUUUAGGUUUUUGUGAUGUUCUAAAAGAGAUCCCCGUUGAUUUUUAUUCAACACUGCCAGAAACAGUGCUGCCCUUCGCAACCGUCCCGUUGUGUUUGUCACAAAGUUAUUUAUUUCAAAGCGUUUUGCAGUGGCUUGUUACUCAGAAUUGAAAUGUGUGUUUGUUUUGUUCAAGUUGCAAUAAGUUGUUUAAUAGGAAGUCAGAAAUCAGAAUGUUUUUUAUUUUACACUGGGGUGCUGUUGGCAUUAUUCUGUUUGUUUCAAGUCCCAUUUAAAAGUAGCAACACAUUUACAUUCACGCUGCUGUCCUUGUAUAGAUGUGGUGUAUGACCAUCAUAUUCAUUCACAUACAUGUGGUCACAUAUGAACCCUUUUGCCCCCACUCACUAUCCCCUGUUUGAAGUGAUGGAUCCCUUUCUGUUUGCGGUCAACCACUUCUCCCUCAACCUUGACCACAAAUGGUCAAUGUCUGGUCCUACCAUCUUGGUAUCUGGUCCCUCUGAACUAACCAUCAUUGCCAAAGUGCAGUUGACCAAUCAAGGCACCCCGGCUGGCCUCUAGUGCGCUCAUUGGUCUAAUCUCUAGUGCCAUGUUGAUUCUUAGUCAGACAAACCCUUUAGCUUUAUUUAUUUGACUGUGUGGCUACUGACCUGAAGGAAACUUGAUGUGUUUGGUAUUCAUUUUAAUAUUUAAGUUUGUUUUUGUUUUUUAUUAGGAUGAAGGGCAUAGCUACAUGCUACUGUGUUAUGUUGGCUUUAAUGCCAUUAUUUUUUGAUUGAUUUCAAUGCGUCAAUGCAAUGGAUAUAAAAUGAAGAGAAAGAGUAGGAGGGAUGUAGGAAAUGUAGACUUUGGUACAUGACAGUUUAUUUGUGCUUGCUUAUGUAUCACUUCUUGAUUUGAGUAUCAUGAAUACGUGACUUGCAACUACAAGAAUCUGUCUUUCUCACAAUGUUCUGCCCGCUAUUGAAGAGAACAUUUCCCCAAAUCAAAAACAAUUGCACCUCGUUGCAAAGUGAAUUAAAACAGAAAUUGCUUUAAGACCUAUUGAGAAUGUCUAUCAAUACAAUCCAAUCUAAAUUCAUUCAUGAGUGUGGAUAUCAGUCCUGUUGUACUUUCUUCGUUUUUGUGUGCCUUGUGGUUCUGGAACUUUAAUAACUUUAUGAAUUAGGGAUUCAAGACAGAUUGACAAUAGGAUACUGUCUUUCUGAGUGUACUAUACUAUGGUAUACACCUGUUAACUCAUUUCUCCACAAGAACAGCCACCAAAAUACUACAUAAGAAAUAACAGAAAUGUGCCUCAUUUUAUUCAGGACCAAAUCUGGACCCGUCAAUCAUCCUAGCCAAAUGAUUAUGCAGUGGAAUAACUUUGAGUGGAAGAGACAUAAGGUUAAGUUUCUUUAUUCAACGUUGUAGAAAAACGGUUUUAUUAAAAAAUGGUUUUAUUAUCAUGUCAGAAUAUUAACAAUUCCUCUCUAAAUGUAUUGUAUUCGUUUCAUUUUUGAACAUGGUUCAAAAGAGGGACAUGGUAGAUAUGCUGUGCUUUAAAAAAACGUUUUUUCUUUGAUGCAAUUCAGCUAGUUGGACUGGGACGUGAUCUGAUGGUCGAUUAGUGUUACUGAUCUGUUGUAGAGCAAAUAUACAGGAGUUCCUGGCACUGAAUUCACAUCUUAAGCACUAAAAAAGAUCAUUUUAGACAAUCGAUUCGAUAACAAUUGACAAUCAUAGUUUCCGAUAACUUGCUUAAGACUAGUAUUAGUAAUACUUCAUUGAAUUAAUUGCUGUAAAUGAAAAUGCAAACAACUGCCAAAAUAGGGACUUUAAAGGAGCCUUGGAGUAAUGUCAGAAACAUUCACGCAUUGUUUCCUUUGAAAACAGGGACUUUAAAGGAGCCUUGGGGUAAUGUCAGAAACAUUCACGCAUUGUUUCCUUUGAAAACAGAGGCAUAUGGACUCAGGAAACCACAUAGUCAAUUCAGUGUAGAGUUGGGAAACUACAUGAUUACGCUGUGUGGUCUCUAGUGCCAUUCAAAUACUUCUCCCACACCUCAUUAUCAUUGCUUAAAUAAUAAUUACAAAGCGUUCUUACGUCACCCAGAAUAAAAUCCUUCUGGGCUUUUUUCAUUUCUCUGAAACACUGAAGAGGAAGGGGACUUUUGUUAUGAUCCCAGUCUUAAGCUAUGAUUAUUUGCCAAUAUGUUAUGUGGCGAAACUCAAGCACCAUCACCAAAGGCGGACUGCUGUCAUGUCCGAAACUAUACGAGUGGUCUGAGGUGACAUUUAGGGUCCCGUAUUGGUUGUUUCAAUGUUCUGUGGGGAAACUAACUAACAUACUGGUAUUUAAGACCCUCAAUAUCUAAGAACAUUCAAGAAUACCAAGUGCCAUAGGACUCUCUUUCUCUUUUUACCGGGAAACCUAUUACUAACGUUUAUGCAACGUUUAGGAUUGAAUAAAUGCAAAUCUCAUCUAUUUUCCCUGUGUUGCAUGAUAAUGCCAUGAUACUGUAUCAGUGGCAGGCAAUGAGAUAAAGUACACUCUAUCUUCUCCUGCUUUGGUGUGUAACGUUGGGAUGGGAAGCAUAAUACCGUGGGUUUGUUGGGUGUUUGUUUAUGAUAUGAUAACGAUACAGCUUCUACUGCCUUUCUCUUGAGGAGACAGCAUUUGGUACCGCCCUGGUCUGACUGAGCGCAGUGGCCUAGCGGUUAGAGCGUUGGGCCAGUAACCGAGAUGUCACUGGUUCGAAUGCAUGAGACUACAAGGUGAAAAAUCGGUCAAUUUGCCCUUGAGCAAGGCACUUAACCCUAAUUUGCUCCAGGGGUGCUGUACUACUAUGGCUGACCCUGUAAAACAACACAAUUCACUGCACCUCUCCGGUGUAUGUAACAAUAUAUAUCUUUUCCUCUGUCACAGGUUGUCACAUUCAAGACCAGACUAGACCCUUGGGAAAUGGUGUCUGGUUAUUUCAUGCCACUCUAAGGGCUAAAAUCAGAUGCUGUCACCUCAGGAAUAACAUAUUAGCAGAGUGAUUGGAAGUGUUUUUCGAUGCUGUGGUGCUCUCUGUGUGGGUUAUGCUUUUUCUGGACUCUUUUUGUUCUCAAGAACGCUCAGUGUGUUUUAAGGGGAGUGUCCCAUGCCUGCCACACUAUGUCAGGCUAUUGGUGGGACCGCCCUCCAAUCUUUCUCUGCCAGCGUUUUCAUGGCAGACCAUUGGUGGACCUGUCCACUAAUCUCCCCUUGUCAGCCUCCCUUUUGACAGGCUAUUGGUGGGCCUCCCCGUCAAUCUCCCGUGAUUGUGCUUUUAAGAUGUUACACUUUUGUGGAACUUGAUUCGCCUGAAUCAGUCAUGUAUAAAUUUGUACGAUACUGUUAUUAUUCUCCGACGAAAGAAAGAAAAUAGUAAUGUUUAUAAUCCUGGAAAAUGCUUAUUCAUGUGCAAAUACAGUAUAUUCAGAAUAAAACUUUCUCAUUAGCUAUU